UGAGUAAUUUGCCUUAUGAAUCUCAACCCAUUUGGCCUUUGCCUAGUCUGAUGCAGAGGGUACAAGCUUUUCAGCAAGCUUCUUCUUCAACGGUGAAUAAUUUGACAUCAAGAACUGCAUCAACAUCUAUACUGAAUUUUCAGAUGGAGCCCCCUUCAAACCAAAGCUAUUAUGGAAACUGUACAUGCUUAUUGCCUGAAGAAUACAAGGUGAUUGGCAUGAAGAGAUCAUAUCCUUUGCCUCUAGACAAUGCUCCAAGCACCCCUAUUCACAGCAAAUAUCCAUCCAUUGUUCAAUCCAUCAAUGGACAAAUUGAAGCUGCUUCAAGUAGCAAUGGCAGCACAUUUGAUUUCGAACCCGGAACCCUAAAUUUCAGGAAAGGGUAUUAUUGUUCAACCUUAAAUGGGGUCAUUGAUGGAGAUUUCCUCACAUUAGCCCCUCCCACGACAACUUCCAUGAGUACAAGUUCAAAAUUCAAGCACCCUCAGUCCAAUUUAAUCAAUUGUGAACUAGCUUAUCAAGCAAGCUUUGAAGAUUCAAUUCUCCGGCAAGGUGUUACCGGAACUGAAUCCGGAUCGAACGAGUAUCGGCCUUAUCAUAGCUUCUUUCCACCAGCAAUGGUGCAAAUUGAACAAGCAACUACUCUAAGCUUGGCCGAUUGUAAUGGUGAAGUAGGGCAUGUUGAUCUCAAUUUAAAGCUGUAAUCUUUUUCGUCUGCACAUCAAAUCUCUUCUGCCACACUUCUUUGUAUCUUUAUAGGCAUUUUUUUUAAUGAAGAACACAUCAAGAAUCUUUUU